GCGGAAAUUCAAAAUUCGCGAUACUUUUUGAACAGACCUCGUAGUUGCGGUCCGGAAAAGCAUUGAUGUCAAUUGAGUCAAAACCGCCAAGUUUUUUCCACGAAGACAUUCAUCAGCUAUCCGAUAGAGGGAGUAAAGUCAUAGAAAAUAACGGAAGUUAUUUCGAACAUUAAAUUUGUAUUUGAUUUUUUGUAAAUAAACUUUGAAUUUCACGAAAAAAGGCACCAAAUUAAUUUGUAUAUUUAAUAUAAUUCCAUGCAAUUUUCAAAUUUAUUAUCAAAAUAUUUUGUAUGUGACAUUGAUAGAGUAACGAGGCAUGUAUAACCAUUAAUUUAUUACGGUGUUGUAAUCAUCGUAAUUAUUUGUAGAAAUGGUACGACAAUUACGACGGAUUUGUUAUUCUUCACGGUACGGAUACACUUAGCUAUACAGCAUCCGCUUUAUCCUUCAUGUUCGAGGAUUUGGGCAAACCGGUCAUUUUGACUGGUUCGCAGAUGCCAAUUUUUCAUCCAAGGAGCGAUGGCCUAGAUAACUUCCUUGUAUCACUUGUGAUCGCAGCAAGUUACAAUAUACCUGAGGUAUGCAUUUUCUUCGGGACGAACUUGAUGCGCGGUAAUCGGACGAGCAAAAUGUCCGUGUGUUCCUUCGACGCUUUCCAGUCGCCGAACUGUUUACCUCUGGCUACGGCGCAUAUCAAGAUUAAAGUUGAGUAUGGUUCGUUCUUUCGACCAUGCACCUUGCACAAAUUCGAUGCCCAUACAUCUCUUAACCAAAAUGUGGGCCUGCUGCGACUGUUUCCCGGGAUCACGUACAAAUUAGUUGAAGCGUUCCUUCAGCCGCCCAUUGAGGGAGUCGUGCUGCAGUCUUAUGGUUCAGGAAACAUACCGACAAAUCGCAAAGAUAUCAUCAAUGCCCUUCGCGAAGCAGCAGCACGUGGUGUGAUUAUCAUGAAUAUCACGCAAUGUAUGACUGGAUCCGUCUCGGAUAUGUACGAAGCUGGGAAAUUGCUCCGAGAAGCUGGUAUCGUAUUUCCUUAUAAUUUAAAA